AUGGUGGUCCAUGCGGUGGCGGCGAUGGCUCCCCCUGCUGACUGCCUGGAGGCGGAGCAGGCGUGCGUGCUGGACGGGGGCUGCGUGGAGGUGUACCGGGUGCUAGAGUACUGCUCGGCCGAGGAGGCGGUGGCCCCGCUAGGGCCGGAGGCGCGCAGGGAGUGCCUGGAGGCCCAGGGCGCCCUGCAGUACUACCGCCCCCUGCAGGAGUGCAAGUGCCACCGCGGCUCGCGGCGCGAGGAGCUCUGCCUGCGCGUCUACUGGACCGUCCGCUUCGCAGCCUAUGAAGAGUACGACGUGUCCCCGUAUGCGGAUCUGGAGCUGGAGGUGGUGAGGAACAUCGAGCUGUCACGCAUGGCAUCCAUGAUGGCAGCCAAUCCCGUUGUCGUCUCUGGCCCGCUGGACGGCCAGAACCCGUGUCUGAAGGCGGCGCAGGACUGCGGCCUGUACGAGAAGUGCGGCUCGCUGCGCUCCGAGUACGUGGUGGCCUGCACCAAGGCCUCCGCCAGCUCCGGCGGCUUCUGCAACCGCCAGAAGUGCCACCGGGCGCUGCGCCGCUUCCUGGAGCGCGUGCCCGAGGAGUACGUCUUCUCGCUGCUCUUCUGCUCCUGCGCCGACCCGCUGUGCGCCGAGCGCCGACGCAAGACCAUCGUGCCCUCCUGCUCGUACGAGGAGCGCGACGCCAAGCCCAACUGCCUCAGCCUGCAGGGUUACUGCUUGCGGGACGAACUGUGCAGGUAA